AUACUCUUCUACAGGCCAACCAUUCAACCUCUUCAAUGAGUCUGGAGAAAGAAUUCAUGAGUGCAGAAACGCUCUCUGUGCUGCGUCAUAAGUUUUCACCCCAUUUUCGUGUAGAUCGUGAAAGCCUUACACCUAUCCUCAAUAUCGUUAACAAAUUAAAGAAUACGAUACCAGACGAAACUUACCGUCAAGUUGUGGGGCUAUUGGUACAGUACGACACUUCGAAGUCCAAGGAGAAACUCUAUAAAAAUAUCCUCAUUGAAAAUCGAUUACUUCAUAUUUUGAGAGAAUAUGACGGCCUCCGAUUCGAAUUUCUAGAUAUCCUAAACGACAUGGAAAGCAAUGAAGAUCACACUCUGAACGUUGAACUGAAUAAGUGGCCUACAAAGAAAUCAAUAUGCGAUGAAGGCAUAAUAGAAGAUAAUCAGAGAAGUGCUUGCCCAUCUUCAAAUAUUAGCGAAAUGCCAAUAAAUACCAUGGAGGACACAAAUGAAAUUCCAUCUCUAGAAUUCGGCCUGAGCAGACAAAUGUAUCAAAAGAUCCCAACGUCACUUCAUCAUUCGAACGAAGAGGAUGGGUCUGUAUCUGACGAGAUGCGAAACGAUAAUCACUUUGACACACCAGCACAGGAGGUGUUAAUCACUGAACACCAAGACGAGUCAACUGAAAAUGUAGGUGUGAAUGACAGAAGUGACAAUAGCGACUUGACUGCUGCAAAAUUGGAUUCUGCUAAACGAGGCAGGAGGAAGCGAAAAGCGCCAAACUGUGACGUAUCUGAUGGAGAAGGUGCUGGAGAAAUUAGUAGAGGAGAAAAGGGGAAAAGUGAUGCGUGUUUUUCAAGGGAAAAUACGUGUAAUGUAAAGGGGAGCAAGGUGGGAGGGAGAAUUAAAAAGCGCUCACGGCGUCAGGGAGCAAGGGAGAAUGACAUGAUGUUAAAACGGGUCGGAAAUCAUUGCAUCCUUAUUGGAGUUAAGGAACGUGCGAUGACCGGCGAUAGUAGUGACUGCAAUACGCAGAGCGAGACAGAAGCAAUAGGAAGCGAACACGUGACGAGUCAGGAUGAUGAUGACGACGAAGAGCGCGCUCUCGUCAUCGUUGAAGAGAAACCGUCAUCGACGUCGAAGAAACAGAAAAGACGCCGACCAGCAAAAUCGUCCGCAAAUCUUGUCAAAGUAAGCGCUUUGUGUCGGGCGGGGAUUAUGACUGAGAGAUGUGAGAUGAGAAAAAAGGCAGAGAAGGGGAAGAAAGAAUACGGCUUGAAUAUGAAGAGAGGGACGAGUUCAUUAGGCAGACAUACAUGUAGUAAUAUCAAUAACAACUCUUGUAAGAAUGCCUUGGGAAUUUCCAACGACGAAGUUUUAAAUACCAACCAGGCUAAACUCAAACCGCGGAAGUCAUAUGAUGAGAGAACGGUUCUUGACAUUCUUAGCUUGCCUGAUUCGCAGGAUUGCAGAUCGGAAAAAGAGGCAAAUCCUGAUAAGUCUACAAAUAUCAAACCACUGACCAGUUAUUUAGGUCUGUACCCUUGUGGGUCACAAGAAAAUCGUUUGUUUCCGAGACAAGACAACACCAAACUCUUUCUCAAAUCAGACAAGUGUGCGUCUGGAUUUGUCAACAAAUCAGCCAAGUCACACCAGGAGUCACCCAGUGCCUCCAGAAAGCAGUUCAAGUCAAGUCGCCCAAAGUACAAUCCAAACUUCCCAUUCUCUACUACUGCAUUCUCAGCUAUGUCCUCUAUUGCAGAAACCACCACCUUUGAAGGGAGUAACUAUCUUCAGACCGAAGACUCGAGCCAAGACGAGGUCCAUUACAACACCGGAUGGGACACAGCAUCAAGUCAAGAUAGCUGUUAUCUGGAGCGAGAGAGGUUGUACGGUCUCGGAACCUUUGCCCAGGAUGAUGGUGAUGACAUGACCUUCUUGAAUCGUCUUCUGCGAUCCCCAAGUCCACCGGGCUUUGCAGGGGGAAACAGCGAUCCUUCGGGCAGGAAGAGAAGGCAUCGCCACAAACCUAAGAGAGAGCGCAAACCAAAGAAGCCUAGAAGGAGUAGGAGACUGCGAGGUAAACAUUCAAGAGAGGGCAACGUAAGUACCAACGAUCCUCACCAAAACAAGGACGAUGGAGUAACUGGAAGAGCAUGCAACUGUUGUCGGUGAUGAAAUCUUACUUAGGUGACAUAGAUGGCAUGAUGCCAACCUCCAGACAGUCAAUAUCACAUGGACAUGAAUUCAACCGAAGUCGCUAUAAUUCACUCACAUCAAAUAACUAUUUAAAAACCAGCACAUAGAUACCAACAUAUUGCAAUAAUGGUACUGGGAAAAGGGGGACGAAAGGGAAAUUGAUACCGGGUGAAACAAUUGGAUAGGGCAUUUUAGCAUGAGAAAGGGAAGGGGUGAAAAGUGAGAAAAUGUCAUAUCUUGACGGCAAUACUGACGGACAGAAAGAAACAGACAGACGGAGGGAAAGAAUAAAGUAAUCGUACAUGUAAUAUGCAGAUAUGUGUUUCUCAAACUCUUUUGUAUCGAUGAAAGUGAGAGAAUUAUGGGACUUGUGGUAAAUUAAUUUGAAUACAAUUCACUCAUAAAGGACAAGUCCACCUCAACAAAAGUUUAUUUGAAUAAUAAGAGGAAAAUCCAACAAGCAUAACACUGAAAAUUUCAUCAAAAUCGGAUGUAAAAUAAGAAAGUUAUGACAUUUUAAAGUUUUGCUUAAUUUCACAAAACAGUCGCAACUGGUCGGUAUGCAAAAUGAGACUGAUCACGUCAUCACUCACUAUUUCUUUUGUAUUUUAUUAUAUGAAAUAUUCUAAUUUUCUCAUGUUCAAGUGAAACAAUGAUAAAUUCCUCCCUGAAAUAAAAUUAGCAUUAUUUAUAUAUGGCUCAGUCAAUUUGGUCCUUAUUGUCAUAUCAAAAAUGAAAUAUUGUAUAAUUCAAACAAUAAAAAAAAAGAAAUAGUGAGUGAAGGACAUCGACUGUCUCAUUUGCAUGUCUCUGUAAUGUGCAUAUCACUGUUUUGUGAAAAAUAAGCGUGCUUUGAAAUGUCAUAACUUUCUUAUUUUAAAUCUGAUUUUGAUGAAAUUUUCGGCGUUUUGCUAGAUUGAUUUUUCUCUAUUCAAAUAAACCUUAUUUGGGGAUGGACUUGACCUUUAAUGAUAUAACAUUCUAGCCAUUUUCACAAGACACAGCCAUCACACAGCAUCAUAUACAAUGGUACAAAACACAACUGACAAUCACUGUGUAAGUACAGUGUAGAAAAGAAUAAUCUUUAUUUGGAUGUCUUCUUCAUAGCACAAAACAUGACACUAAAAUGCAACAUCCUAUCAAAAAGAAAUGUGAGAUGAAGACACACAAAAAGGCACACUUGAUUUCAAUGACUUCUACGACAUUCUUGCUAUUCAAGUUAAUAGUGCUACCAAAAAGUCAAAUUUGUCACAAUAUAAAGAUGUCUUUUACAUUUACAAUCAAGGUAAAAAGUUGAAAAGUACUGAAGAAUGAUAAACAUGGACGAAUUUGAUUAAGCAUAAAAACAGAAAUACAGUUCGUUUGAAAAAAAUGGACGGAAAUUAAACAUUUUACAUUGAAAUGACAAUAUAUAAUUUGAAAACAUGUAAAAUAUACAUUCAAAAGUACAUAGAAAGAUGUCUACAAGUAGAAUAAUUGAAUGUUCAUAAUUGCAUUUCAGGAAAUAUAUUUGUUUAAUUUUAUUCUUUUCAACAUUUAUUAUAUCUAUUUAUUUGAAAACCUGAUCAGUUUUGAAUACAUGUAUAUUCUAAUUUAUCUAAUUUAUUUGAAUACAAAUUUUAUUCAUUUUUAUGUAAUUAUCUACUUGUUGAUAAGGAUAAUUAUAUGUAUAAUACUUUGAACUUUAUACAUUCAUUCUUAUUUGUUCCUUAUCCAAAUUUCCUUUUAGAUGCAAUAAUUAACUUCCAUUGAUUACAUCAAAUGAGAAGUAGAUAAUUUGGUUGAUUUUGUUUUGUUCAUUUCAUAUUAACUGGAUUCCGAGUUUAAAACAAUUUUUAAAGAUAAUGGCUAUACAAUAAUGGCUCCAAAGCCAGCACAGCUGAAUUAAUGUUACCAAUUUUUGAAGUACAUUUACAUAAAUAUGUUUAUAUUAUUAUUAUUAC